CUGAAAUCAUUCAAGAUUAGCUGCACUCAUUCCGCAAAGCAGCCAUGGCUGUCAGACUGCCAGCACGACAGGUCAAUGGUGAAUUGAUGCAUCUGGAAGUUACGGCAGAGAUGACUGGCAAAGAGCUAAAGCAGCAGAUCAAAGAAGGGCAGCUUUGGGACGAGGUCACUCACCAAACUACUGUGGUGGAGAUUGUUGUUGGAGACCGUUUGCUUGACAAUGAUGAGGUGGUGGAUGCGGGGCAGGUUGCAGAUGCUGUUGUGACUGUUGUUUUCAAGCCGAACAUCGCGAGAUGCUCCAAGAAAGGUGAAUUUGCCAGCUUUGGGAGUGAUCUUGAUUUGGACCACCCCUUUGUGGUUGAAAUCCCAGACCACGAAACUCAAAUUGGGGAGCAUGCCUUCGUAGACUGCAACAUGUUGACCAAAGUUGUCAUCCCGAACUCGGUGACCCACAUUGGGGGAAAUGCCUUUGAUGGCUGCAGAUCUUUGGCGCACUUGACCAUCCCGAACUCAGUCACGCACAUUGGGGACAACGCCUUUCGGGGUUGCAGAUCUUUGGCACACUUGACCAUCCCGAACUCAGUGACGCACAUUGGGAAUAAUGCCUUUGAGGGUUGCACAUCGUUGGCAGACUUGACUUUCCCACAGUCGUUGACCAGCAUUAGAGAUGGCGACUUUAUAGAUAGCAGUUUGUCGGCCGACACCGGGUCUCAAAUGCACACCUUUUCAAGCUGCCAUAUCGCGUAAGAUAUGACUUAAAUUAAGUCAUAAUGUUUGUGCUUCGUGCCAUGACAUUCAUGUGACCUCAACCCGUUUUCUUCCAGAGAUCUUUGCCUUGCAAGUGCAGGCUGCAGGGCUUUUCAGAUGCUGGAAGGCACAGGCUGCAGAG